UUCCUUGUAAUUGACAUGAAAUGUGCACAGUGACGGCACCCAUCCACCUAGGAGGUAGAAACAGGUCUACAGCCGCGCGUGGGCACAGUCCUAAAGGGGGCAUCCGGAGGCUCCCGCGUACCCCAACCCCUCCCGUCUUCCUCUCCCACCAUCGCCCCCCCAGCCCCCCUCGCGGGUCCCGCCCCGUGCCCAGAGCGCCCCAAGCCUGGGUGUGGCUGUUCCCGGCCGCCAGGAUCGCGGGGUCACACCGCUGGCGCCUGCUGCCCCCUCCCACCGGUGCCCCGCCUAGCAGGGGCCGCGAGUCGGGACCGAGGCGGCGCCUGGCCGCGGGGCUCCGCGUGCUGGGCGGUGGGGGUCGGGAGGCGGGGACUUGGGCAGCGGGGGCCAGGCCGAGCGCCGCGCCCGAGCCUGGCGACCGUCUGCCAGCUCGGCUCCGCGCGGCCCUGGCGGGAGGCGCCCCUGGAAGUGACCAGGCGAGGGCGGGGCUCCAGCCCGGGAGCAGCAGCCGCCGCCGCUGCAGCCGCCGCCACAGACGCCGCUCAGCCGCCGUAGCAGCCGCAGCCGCCGCCGCCGCUCAGCCGCCGCAGCCCCCACAGUAGCAGCCGCCACAGCCG